AUAAACAUGUUUCGAAGCGUUUCAAAAGAACUGGUUAGUCUUACGAAGAUACGUUGAAGGUGUAGUAACAUCGGUCCGAGAAUUAGCAUUCUGAAACCAAUCGCCGCAGUAUUUUGAAUUUUACUUUGACACGUUAAGAAGAGUUCUUUAGAAUAUCUCGCAAGAAAGUGUUUGAAGAAAGUGUACCAGAAAGAAAUAAGUACGAAAGCAUAUAAAUAAAUAAGUUGUAAAAGAGAAAAUAUUGAAAUAUAACGCGCAGCUUGAAGCGUAUUCUAAUUAUUGAUAAGAAAAUGCAGUAUGGUACUUAAACAAAGUGGAAGGUGAAAGAUAAUAAAAAAAUAAAACAAAAAUAUUAUUAUGACAGUAAAAAGAUGCGACAAAGUGAAAUAAUAAAGCAGAAAGCAAAGCGGUUAUACGUUAAAAGCGCGUUGUAUCUCAUCGGAGUUUGUAGAUCGUUAGAUAAAACGGUAAUUAUACUCGCCACAACCGGUUUCGCAAUUAGUGAAUAAUCACAGCGCAAGAUAAAUGUAUGCUCGUAGAAUGCAAAAUCUGAUUCACGGGCAGGUGUCUGUUUCCUAUACGGGAUAGUGUUCUUUUUAAAUGUAAUCGACUGGAGAAAUGAACGAUUAAAGUGAUUCCUCCUAAACACUUUUGUAACAGAAUCUCACAAGAUGGCUAAGAUUUUUAUCUUACUCGUAUUGCUGCCGCACUUACUUUGUACCAUGGUACAUGGUACAACUUUGUGCCCGGAAUACCUUACAUACACGAUCGACCGCGAGACACGCAAGAUAUUCGGACGGAUCGAAAUUCUACCACUAGAAUCUCUACUAGAGGAUGAAGAAAUUUAUUUAAAGGUAGCCUUAAACACUACCGCUGAUGCGCUGAAAGAAAACUUCCGAUUGGAAUUGGCACAUUCGAUAAAAGAGUUCGUUGAAGCUGUUCAACAAGGCAGACCUUUGUUGUAUCAUGUUUACUUUCCCUCGGACGUAGAUUUUCCGAUAUUAUCCGCGCUAUGGUUCAACAGUCAACAAUAUUGUCUCGACCCCAAAUCAUCAAGCGGAAAUAUCACAGCAAAUCUCGAGUUGGGGCAUAUUGUGUACCCGCCGAACAAACAACUAAUGUCGCAGAAUUUUCAGUCGUGGUAUCGAAAUUCGAGUAACUACCGUAUAGACAAUCCAAUUUAUCACGAGACACGGUAGUGUCUCGCGCCAAGUGUAAGCGUAGCUAGUACACGCGUGCGAGACCGACCGUGUAAGUUUACGCGAUAAGAGCUACGCCGAAUGCGGUAUUACCAGCUAUUACACCGAUACCACAAAUAGACUGAUCCCCAACGGCGAGGACUCGUUACCAGGCCAGUGGCCGUGGGUGGUUGCAGUCUACCAGAUUAAGAAACAAAAGUCGAAUACAACACACGAAUUUAAAUGUGGCGGUUCUAUUUUGACUACCAGGCAAAUAUUAACAG